UACAAUUAAUUAUUUGUUAGCAGAAAAACAACUGUAUUCUGUUCUCCAAAACUCCCCCUUUGGCCUUUUCUGUUCCCGGUGCUCUUGCUUCCCUCUAUUUCCUUCUGAAUUCUAUUUCAAUUGAAACCUAAUCUGCCACUUUCUCAUUCUCCUUGCGCUCUCCAUUCCUUCACUUCCCCUCUCUCUGAUUCUCGCGGCAAAAUCAACUGAUAAUGCAUCUUGCGCAAAGACUCGCCAAAUCGACAAGCUAGGGUUUCCUCCAGAAAAUUCGGUUCUCGCCGGGGUUUUGCGGAGGAGACGCAGUCGCCGGCAGCAAUGGCUACCAGCUUGCAGAUGAGCCCUCAGGUGGAGCAGAUCCUCGGCAAAAUCCGCGAUAACUUUCGAUUCCUGGCGUACAUAAAUGGUUCUCUAAUCAAAUAUUCCAAAUGGUGGCAUAUACUGCACAUUGCACAGAUAUUUUGCUUCUUUCCUACUCCCCAGAUCAGAACCCAAUAAAGAGAAAUUAAUCUAAGGUUGUAAGGCACACCCAGCAAUCAUCAAAGAAAUGGCUUCCAAAGGCUUGAUAAGAUUAAAGAUUCCAAUAGACAAAGCAAGCAGCUGGAAGAACUCAAGGAUAAGAUGGUGGAGUGUAAAAGGUUGAUAAAGGAGUUUGAUCGAGAAAUUAAAGAUGAAGAGGGAAAAAAUCCCCCAGAAGUGAACAAGCAACUUAAUGAUGAAAAACAAUCAAUGGUUAGUGCCGAAAACCUUUCUAUUUUGGAUGCUCAUGUUUUGGAAGGGAUCAAGGAACUAAAUUCAUACGUGGCUCUGAGAAAAUCGUAUCUGAAUACCCUUGGUAAUAAGAAAGUUGAACUUUUUGACAUGGGAGCAGGAACAAGUGAACCUACAGCUGAACAAAAUGUUCAACUAGCAUCAGAAAUGUCUAAUCAAGAACUUAUCAAUGCUGGGAUGAAGCAAAUGGAUGAAACUGAUCAGGCUAUUGAAAGAUCUAAACAGGUUGUUCAUCAAACAAUCGAAGUAGGCACCCAAACUGCUACUACCUUGAAGGGCCAAACUGAACAAAUGGGUCGGAUUGUUAAUGAGCUUGAUUCAAUUCAAUUUUCAAUUAAGAAGGCCUCGCAGCUUGUGAAGGAGAUUGGCAGACAGGUAGCUACUGAUAAGUGCAUCAUGCUGCUUCUGGUGCUUAUUGUCUGUGGUGUCAUUGCCAUUAUUGUUGUGAAGAUUGUGAAUCCCCACAACAAAGAUAUCAGGGAUAUCCCAGGGUUAGCGCCUCCUGCUCCAAGCAGAAGACUUUUGUACCUAAGGACUGAACAUUUUGAUUAACUCUUUUUUACAGUUCUAUCCAUCCUAAUCCUACCAACCGUAUUCUUGGUUACCAUGGACGACGAUGAGAUAGUCGGAAGAAAGAAUUUCUUGCCGGAGUUGUGCAUAUUCUGUUUGUGAUUCUAUGUAAAUCACACGAGCUUCUCUUGCUUUGCUUUGAGUGCCAUGUUUCUUUAUGUAUCAUUCCCGAGAUGUUGUAGGGUUAGAAAAAAUAAUUUUCCAGUGUGGGAUUUACGGUGUACAUGUCCAAUUCAAAGGAGAUUUGCGUUUUCUUUUCUUCUUUUUCUUUUUAUUGUUAAAUUUAUUAUUUUUCUUUCUUCUUGUCUCAUGGAUUGGGUCUUGUAAAUUACAUUUAUUCCAGUGUGUGUUUCCUGCUCUUCAUAUUUUUAAUUUACU